AAAAGAGAAGAGAUGAAAGGGAGCUUCAUCAUCAUCUCUCUCUCUCUUUUUCCUUUUCUCUCAGCUGCUAUUCAAUUCAUUCCCCUACAUAAUACUAGUACUAGUGAUAUAUAUUCCAUUCACCCAUCAAACUUUAUAUAAAAAGAAAAAGAAAAAGAAAAAGGAAUUCAUCAACAUACAUACACCAUGGUUUUCCCUUCAAUCCCAGUGUAUUUAGAUCCUCCCAGUUGGCACCACCAGCAGCAGCAGCAGGCAAAUGGCAAUGGCAAUGAGAGUUCAACUCAGGUGGUUCCGAGAUCGGGAUCAGAGGGAGCACUCAAGUGUCCUCGGUGCGAAUCAAGCAACACAAAGUUCUGCUACUUCAACAACUACAGCCUGUCUCAGCCGCGACACUUCUGCAAGACGUGUAGGCGUUACUGGACAAGAGGCGGUGCUCUUAGGAACGUUCCCGUUGGUGGUGGUUUCCGGAGAAACAAGAAGACCAAGAGGAGUAGCAGUAGCCUCCCUGGAGGAAACACUGAAAAGCAGUCAACAUCAACAUCAUCACUUCCUUCAGGUUUUAACCCAGGUUUCAUGGCUUCUCUUGAGAACAUGACCCUCUAUGGAGGAGGAUUGCAUCAGCAUCAGCAUCAGCAGCAGUUUCCUAAUUUCUUGAGUGGUUUUGAUCCAACUACCACUUCUUCUUCGUUCCCUUUCCUGUUUGGAGAAUCUAGGGUUAAAUUGGAAUCUGGAAACGGAGGGCUAUUAAGUAAUAGUUUGUCAGAGAACUAUUCAUGGACUGAUCUUGCAGCUGCAUCUUCUUCCGCUGCUCAUCAUCUCUUGUGACUUGCAUGCAAUGUUUGUGGUUUGAGUGCAUUUUUUCCUUUAUCUAUUGUUGCUUGUGCUUCUUAGCUUCCUUUCAUUUUAAUUUGUCUUGUUUUGUUUAACAUGAGUGCAUUGCAUGUUGUUUGGCGACAAACUAAGUUUCUUCCUCCAUGGAAAUGGCAUAACAGAAAGAGAGUGUUGUGUGAGGAUCAAGAGUCAAGAUUAUUUUGAUUUCGAAUGAAAUGUCAUAUAAAGUGUUCUAUGUGACCUGACA